AAGAAGAUAAUGACAAAGAAGGAGGAGGAGGAGGAGGAGGAGGAGGAGGAGGAGAAAGGGAUGAAGGACGAGGAGACGAAGGAAAAAGAUGAAAGGAAACGAGAGGAAGUGAAGAAAAAUGAAGGAAAGGAGAGAAAAGAGGAGGAAAAAGUGGCUGAGAAUAAGAUAGUCAUGGAGGAAAAGGAAGAAGAGGAGGAAGAGAAGAUGGAAAAUACGAAAAAGGAAGAGAAGGAAGAGGAUAAAGGAGGGAAAAGGGGAAAUAGUGUAUCAUCAUAUUACCUGCAAUUUGAGGACGCCAUGUUGAAAUUCAGGGACGAAGGCAGCAGCGGGGGCCUGUGGUGGGCGGUGUGGUGGGCGGCGGUGGUGGCGGCGGCUUGCACCAGACUCCACUACAUCACCGAGCCCUACAAUGUGGUGUGGGACGAGGCGCACUUCGGUAAGAUGGUGAGCUGGUACAUCAACAGAACCUUCUACCUGGACGUGCAUCCUCCGGGAGGCAAGCUCCUGCUCACCUUGUUCGGCUACCUGGGCGGGUACAACGGCACGCACAGCUUCGCCUCUCCAACGGUGCCUUACGAGGGCUACCAAGGCAUACUGGCCAUGAGAGUGGGCUGCGCCGUGCUUGGGGCCGGCAUGGUGCCCCUGGGCUUCCACAGCGUCUGGUGCCUCACCGGCUCCCUCACCUCCGCCACCCUCGCCGCCGCGCUCAUCACCUUUGACAUCGGCAGCAUCACGCUCAGUAAGUUCAUUCUGCUGGACCCGCCGCUCAUGUUCUUCAUCCUCGCCUCCUUCCACGGACUGUGUCUCCUGCACCAGCUGAGCCACAGGCCGUUCUCGUGUGCGUGGUGGGGGCGGCUGGCGUACACGGGGCUGGCGCUGGGCUGCGUGGUGAGCGUCAAGUUUGUGGGCGUGUUCGUGGUGUCCGUGGUGGGCCUCUACACCUGCCUCGACCUGUGGGACACCCUGGGGGACCUACGCACGCCCCUGGUGGUGGUGGCGCAACACUUCCUGGCCCGCGUGCUGUGCCUCAUCCUGCUGCCCGCCUCCGUCUACCUCGCCCUCUUCGCAGCCCACGACGCCCUCCUCCUCAAGGCGGUCAGUCCACACGCUGCCGAGGAAGCCCAUCUCAGCCCAGCCUUCCAAAUGAAUCUCUUAAACAACGCUUUGAACAACGUCUCCCAGCCCAAAGAGUUGGCCUACGGGAGCCUGGUGACCUUGAGGACGAACACCUUGGCUGGAGUCUAUCUGCACAGCCACAACCUCACGUACCCGGGGGAGGCAGGUGCGAAGGGCUGGCAGCAGGUGACGGGGUUCAGGGCGAAGGAUCAUAAUAAUUACUUCCGCAUCCUGUUCCCCGAGGAUGACCCCGAGCAGAAGGACGGCUUCUACAGCGGUGCCCCCGAGUACGUGGCUCACGGGGACUGGGUGCGCCUCUACCACCCCGUCACCGGCGCCGCCCUCUCCUGCAGCAAAAACAGGUCCUUCGUCACCAAGAAACACAGCCUCGUCUACACCAAGCCCGUGAACCUGACCAACGUGCAGCAGGAGGAGACCCCGCUUGGGAUGCUGACCCCCCCCAAGGGCACGAGCAGCGCAUCGAUUACCCCGUGGCAGAUGUGGCAGGUAGUCGUCGAGGGGGGCGGGAAGGGGCAAACCGUUCACACCCUAUCGUCUAGCGUCAAGUUCCUGUGUGUGGCUAACAAGUGCGCGCUCACCUGGUCCAGAGCCAAGCUGCCUAUUAAGUGGGGGGGAGGACAGGCCGAGAUUACGUGCUCCACCAACCUGCAGGAACCAUACACGAACUGGAUUGUGGAGCAGCAUUAUAACCCCUAUUUACCCAACGCCACCUAUGAACACCUGCGCGCCGGGUUCGCCUCCCGCGUGGUGGAGACGCACCGGGUCAUGACGUGGAUCAACUCGCGCCUUAAACCUGAAGGCAGCGACAGGUUCAACUCCCACCGGCCCUGGAUGUGGCCCGCCUGCCUCAAGUCUCAGGUGUGGUAUGACGUGAGCUUCAGAAUCGUCCUCCUCGGGAACCCCAUCAUCUUCUGGAUCAACCUCGUCACCCUCCUCGCCGCCCCCGCCAUGCUCCUCCACCACUACUUCACCACCAAACGACGCCGCCGCCCCCAACCCCCCCAUCUCGCAGAGAGAAAGAGCCGCCAGGUGUUUGCCCUUCGCUGGCUGCUAAUUGCCUACCUGUUCCAUUACCUGCCCUUCUACACCAUGGACAGGAUCCUCUACUACCACCACUAUUUCCCGGCCCUUCAGUUCUCCUCUAUGCUCACCGCCGUGGUGGUGGGCUACCUGCUGGACACGCUGCACACCUGGAUGUCGCCUGCGCGGGCCAGACACGCCUUCACCUGGGGCGCCACCGUGUUCCUGGGCGUCCUUGUGAUCAGUUUCCGUGUGUACUGCUACGUCGGCUACGGUCACCCCACGGUCGGUGGCUUCAACCCCGACAACUCCACCUUCCGGGCCGUGCGGGCGUUUGAGGCCUGGGAGAUAUAGGAGACCGGAUGCACCUACUUACCUGCUUGCCUGUGUGUGUGUGUGUGUGUGUGUGUGUGUGUGUGUGUGUGUGUGUGUGUGUGUGUGUGAUUCAGAUGUGCACUUUUCUGUUUCUCCUUAUAUGUUUUUUUCUGUGGUUCCAUCUUUUCCUUGUUCCUUCCUUCCUUCCUUCGUCCCUUCUUUCCUUCCUAUAUUCCUUCCCUCUUGCCUCUUCCUUCUUUCUUUUUCCUUCAUUCUUUCUUUCCUCCUUCCUUCCUUCCUUCCUUCGUCCGUUCUUUCCUUCCUAUAUUCCUUCCCUCUUGCCUCUUCCUUCUUUCUUUUUCUCUCUUUGCAUUAUUCAUUCCCUUCUUUCUUUUUCCUUCAUUCCUUCUUUCCUUCCUUCCUUCCCGCCUUAUCUCAUGCCUCUCUUCUUUUUUUCUUUUUUUUUCUCUUUGCAUUAUUCAUUCUCUUCUUUCUUCUUCCUUCAUUCCUUCCUGCCUUCCUUCCAUCCUUCUUUCCUUUUUUUCUAGUCUUUCCUUCUCCCCUUUCUUUCUUCCUCCCUUCCUUUCUUCCUUAAUUCCUUCCUUUCUUCCCUCUUCCCUUCCUCCUUCUCUCUUCCAUUUCUUCGUUCCAUCCUUCCUCCAUCCCUCUGUUCCUUCCUUCCUUCCUUUCUUCCUCCUUUCCUUCCUUCCUUCCUCCCUUCCUUCUUCUCCCUACCAUUCCUUCGUUUCUUCCUUCCUCCGUUCCUCCCAUUCUUCCUUCCUUCAUUUCAUCUCCACUUCCUUCGCUCCUUCCUUCUUCCGUUCCCUCCUUCCUUCCUUCCUUCCUUCCUUCCUUUCGUCUCCUCUUUCGCCUCCUCGCUACAAUCACGUCCCCUUUGAAGGUUAAACAAAUUCAAUGAGACGUCACUUCACCUUCUGCGACUGUAAAGAAAAAAGAAAAAGGGAAAAAGAAAAAGCGAAAGUGAAAGAAAACAACGAACAAAGAAAAUAAUAAAAAAUGUUCUCUUGUUUGAAAAAAUAAAAUAUGAAAAAGGAAGAAAAAAAAAAAACAGUUCACUUGCAAUAUACACGAACCCUUUGAUGCUGUGUGUGUAUGUAUGUAUGUAUGUAUGCAUGUAUGUAUGUAUAUUACGCUCGUGUGUGUGUGUGUGUGUGUGUGUGUGUGUGUGUGUGUGUGUGUGAACUUGGGCCCAAUAGUUCAUACACGUUAGUUUUAUGUAUGUAUGUAUGUAUGUAUGUAUGUAUGUAUGUAUGUAUGUGUGUCUGUAUGUAUGUAUGUAUGUAUGUAUGUAUACGUAUGUAUGUAUGUAUGUUUAAAGUGUAAGUGUUUUUGAGAAUAAAAGGUCAGUGGUCAAUA